AAUCGGAACGCAGGACCGCAGCUCCAGUUACACUGCGCAUGCGUCGUACCACCCUUAUGUCCUAACCUCCUCCCAUAGGCCUUGGAUCAAUGGCGCUAACUCUCCUGCCGUUUAUCAGGUUUAUCAGCGCUGUUUUAGGUAAAAAAUGUCGGAAAACUUGGUGUUUUAUUCAGAAACAAAGUCCAUCAUGGAGGCAGCCGUUAAGACCGCUGUUGAUGUCGGGAAUUCAAACAAAAAAACAACAACGAAGGAGCCAAAUAUGAGCCGAGAGACAGAUUUUGACAACAUUGUGGAGAUGUUGGCACGGGAGGCGACGAGAAAGAUCAACGCCGUUUUCUCCCAACUGUCCUCAAUGCUGCACAACGAAAACCAGACCCUGAAGGCCAGAGUGGGGCAGCUGGAGAGCGACCUGAAAACUACGACUGAAAACUUUGAAAAUGCCAGAAAGUGGAGAGAAAAUGUCCUGAACGGCUGCCCGGUGCUGUUUGAGCAGAGCGGCUUGAUCUUCACCUUGAAGCCUUUUGGGAAAUUAAAAGUAAAGACGGAGGGAGUCACAGAAACAGCGCCUGCUGCUGGGAUGGAGAGAGGACAUGAUUCUGAUGAUGGAGAAGCAAUGCAGGAGGUGGAUCCUGAAGCUGAGUCCUCACCGGUCGGUAGACAAGACACCGCAGAGGAAUGUAACACAACAAUCACGGCAGAAUCCAAAAGCGCAGACAGCCAAAACACAAAGGAAGCAGAAGUCAGGAAGAAAGCAAAGUUGUUUGUAUGUGAUGUCUGUAACAAGAGCUUCAACCGGCAGUUUCAUCUGACGAAGCACAUGAACACUCACAGAGAGCAGAGGCCUUUCGCCUGCGACCAGUGCCCGAGAAAAUUCAGGAAUACGGCGACUUUUGAGUACCACCUGCUGCGGCACGAGGAGAGGAAGUACACUACCUUCACGUGCCAGCUCUGUGAGAAGACGUUCAAAAACAAAAUGUACCUGAAGACUCACCAGCUGGUGCACACAGACACGAGGCCGUUCACCUGCUCCACCUGCGGGAAGGCCUUCAAAUCUAAACAAACCCUGCUGGCUCACCAGAUCGUACACACCGUUGAAAAGUCGCACAAAUGCUCGGAGUGCGGGGAGAGUUUCAGGUACGCGAUCACACUGCAGAGCCAUAAAAGCAUCCACACUGGUGAACAGCCUUACAAGUGCACGGUGUGCGGCAAAGCUUUUGUAAAGAGGAGGUCGCUCAGGACGCACCAGUCGGUCCACAGAGGGAAAAUCUAUACAUGUGAGACGUGCGGAGCGGGCUUCACCCUGCAGCACAACCUGAAGAGACACAUUCGUAUUCACACAGGUGAAAAACCCUUCAAAUGUAACGUCUGCGGGAAGAGUUUCAUUCAGGACAACAAGCUGAAAUCUCACAUGCUUCUUCACGGCGCCUCCAAGUCCUUCAUGUGUGACCUGUGUGGAAAGACUUUUCUGUACAACUGCCAGCUGCAGAAACACCAGAGAGUAACUCAUGAUGAAAGAGACGGGCAGGUCAUCGGACGACGGACUCGAGAGCGAGGUAACCGCAGAGUCAUCUGCCGACGGGACAGAACGACGGUAGACGUGACGCCGUUCAGCUGCAAGAGCUGCCGCAAGGGCUUCGACACCGCCAGUUCCCUGAGAAGACACGAGCUCAUUCACGCAGCUCAGAUGCAAUACAACUGCGACACAUGCGGGAAGUCUUUUUUCUACAAGGCGACGUACGACUACCAUCAACGGAUCCACUCGGGAGAGCGUCCGUUCGGUUGUGACGUGUGCGGGAAGACGUUCAUCAUCCCUCAGGCUCUCAAGUCCCACAAGCUGCUGCACACUGGGGAGAAACCACAUACAUGCCAGCAGUGCGGCAAGGCCUUCAGGAUCUACACUAACUACCUCCGACACCUACGGGUGCACACAGGGGAGAAGCCCUACGAGUGUGAAGUUUGUGGAGUGAGGUUCAGGCAGCUCGGACACGUGAAGUUUCACAUGCAGGUCCACACGGGAGAGAGACCGUACUCCUGCAGCAGCUGUGGACUUGGAUUCUCUGACUCAAGGCUGCUCAAGAAACACAACUGUGCUGAAAAAUACCAGAAAAUAUUGGGGAACGCAGUCACUACAUCCUGAAACUGAGCACCUGGUGACAAUCACGACAAUGCAGCAGUGAUUUAUUUUGUAUUCUUACCUGUGGUAGAUCUUACAUUGUUAUUUCCUGACAGGACAAAACACACAGUCCUGAAAUGUAUUGGGUAUAUAUAGAUAUAUAUAUAUCUAUAUAUAUAAUAAUCACACUAUUAAUGGUCGAGCCAUAUUGAUCAUAACUGUUGGCUACAGAUGUAUGUAGUGUUGCAGUUCCUACUUUGGCCGCUGGGGGGCAGUGAACACACAUUUAUGAAGUCUUGCAUCAAGUCAGACACAUUGCAAUACUACCACUUCCUGUUGAAUAUUCAAAAAUAAAACAAGAAAUUGCAUACUU